AUGGUGCUGCCAGGGCGAUGGCUGUUGCAAACCGCUGCCCAAAUUGCAUGGCUUGGAAAGAUGGAUUCUGGAAAGAGCAGCCCAUGGUUUUUGUGGGGCCCGCAUGUCAGCAUGGCCAAGGCUAGGCUCCAGAUCGCAUUGCCAGAAGACCCUUUCUAUGACCUGAAAGAGAACAGGAGCCCUGGUAGAGAUGGGGCGCUUAUCAUGGCAAGCCCUAAGCCUCUCAAGACUCCCAAAACGACGAGAUCGCGGGAGCGUCGCCUUGAGUGCCUCCAGUGGGCGCUGGAGACGGCCCAGGAUCAGCAGGUCGCGCUGCUGGAGGGGGCGCGCGCCCAGCUGGAAAGCGCGCGUGCGCACGCCGCGCAUGUGGAGGGACAGGUGGCACAGCUGCAGGGAAAGCUGGCGUAUGUCGCGGAAUGCAGACAUGCGGAGCACAGCACGUACCAAGGAGAGGUUGCGAAGCUGAAGUCAGAAAUGCUUGGCCUCUCACAUGAGAACAAGGCCCUCACUGCGCUGCUCGACAGCCGCGCCAAGGAGCACGAAGCCCAGCUGGCGGGCCUGGUUCAAAAGCAUGCGUCCGAGAAGGAAGAACACGUCGACAAGGAAGAAGCCCUGGCUAAAGAAAAGGGCGACGCCCUCGCCGAAGUCCAGAGCCUGAGAGUCGCCAUGGAGAGCGCCCGCAAGGGGUGUGAGGGUCUGGAAAGAAAGCGGGAUCAGCUACAAAAGGAGGUGCGGGGUUUGGAGGGUUUACGGAAGGCGCGCGAUGAUGCGCUGGCUGAGGCGAGGGGGCUGAAAGCGGACCUAGCAAACGCGCAGCUGAACGUGAAGAAAACGAUGAAGGAGAAAGCGGAGGGGUUACGGGCGUCCGAAUCGCGGCUGGCGGCCUGCCGUAUGGACCUCGAAAGCGUCCGGAAAGAGAAGGAUAACGUCCAAAAAGAGAACGAGAGCGUCCGUAAAGAGAAUGAAGAUGUUGGAACGGAGAACGAGAAAGUCCGGAAACUGAACGAGAGGCUCCAAAGAGAGGUGAGGCUCUGGCGGCAAGAAUACGAGUGGGACAAAGUGGCAAGGGAGAAGGCGGCUGCGGAGGCGGAGAAGGCGGAAAGUGCGCGGGCGCGCGCGCGGAAAGAUCUGGAGUCGGCGCUGUCGCGGCUCGUCGAGUCCCAGAGGGCGCGCGCGGGUUUGCAGCGGGAGCUCGCGGAGGGUUUGGAGGUUUUGGCGGGUGUGAAAAGGCACCAGGAGGCGGCCGAAAAGGCGUACAAAGAACGGGUGUCUGAGCUGGAGGACGAAGUGCGGCGGUUGAGGGCGACGGGAGCUGCGGGUUUCGGAGGGUUUGGCCGGGCAGCAGGGCAAACGUCACCGGAGGCGGGCGUGACGUCAGCGGUUCUGGGAGCGCCGGGUUCCGGUGGUUGCCAAGCGGAAACGGAUCCGAGGAUGAGGAGGGCCGACUCAGCGCACCCGGUAGCAAGAAGCAAUGCAACGAGUUCGGAGCGGCCUGGUGUGAAUACGUCCGUCAAGUUCGAAGCAACUAAAGGAGGACCGAGCUUUUUCGCUGAACAACCGGCGCAGAAGACAGCCGUCCCGGCUUUUGAAUUGGGCACCGGAGAUUCCGCCCCGGGAGUCGAGAGAAAUCCGCUCGGCAACCGGAGGAAGGUUCUGGUGGCUCGGAGACCGGCUAUUAAGAAGGAUGUUGGGGCCGGAGAAGAGGGGAUUAACCUAGAUUAUACCAACCAGCUUGCAGUGACGGCUUUCGGUUCCGUGGCGUGUGCGGAGCCGCAGAAAGGAUUCGGGCCGUUUUCAGGCCCGUUGAACUUAAGCGGACCGCUGGAGAGCGGUGCCGCGUUCAAGAGUCUCAGCCGUUGCUCAGGCACAAGUGCGGAAGAGGAGCUUGCGGCUGAGGAGAGCCAAAGAGGUUGCGACACGUGUCGGCGCGGAGGCGGCCCUGAAGCAGAAACAGGGUCAGCCGUUCGCAGGGAGGGGCACGUUAGUGACACGGUGCAACGGAGGAGAGUUGUGGGUUGCCUCAGGAAGCAGGUUCGGAUGGACGCGCUCUUCGAGGCGAUGUUGAGCCCAACGAGACAGCGGAGGGUUUUGGGGUUUAGGCGGUCGGGUCGGAACGCGGUCGGGCCACUAUCUCGACGGAGGGGGCGCUUUCCUGUGACGGGUGCACGCCGGCUUGUUCCGGAAUUGCUACCGCUGGUUGCGUUGCUGAUUCGAAGAGAUCAAAGCAAGAGCCUCAUGAUGAAGGAUUAGCUGACUCAGUUGUACUUCAGCUCAGCUUUUAGGACUCUUCGCUGCUGAUGCUUAUCGUCUAUACUAACACCGUGACCGUAGGUUAACAUAACGACCACUAACGUUGCUCAUGUGCGCAUGCCAAAUGCAAUUUCUCCUCUGGCCCAAGAGACUUCUAGA